AUGAUGCUCAUGCAUACCUCACCCCGUCAUCAUUAUCAUGAUGCACCCAAGCACUUCAACCCUGACGACAACAACAACAAUAACGACGACGACGACGCCGCCGCCGUACAACUGACCUCCUCUCCUGUUGAGGAGGUCGUUUCUUUUACAUAUGAAGAGUUGAACAAGUGUGAUGGUACCUACGACGACUCCAAACCCAUUCUAGUUGCCAUCAAAGGAACAGUAUUUGAUGUGUCACGAAACGUGGCGUAUCGUCCUGGCGGAGCGUAUCACGUCUACGCUGGCAAAGACCCCUCUCGCGCUCUGGCCCUGUCCAGCAGGAACCCCGAGGACUGCGUGCCGCAAUGGUUCGACCUCGAAUACAAGUACAAGACCGUGCUGGAUGAAUGGUACGCGUACUUCCAGAAGCGGUACGACGUCGUCGGGACCGUCAAGUCGGAACUUUUCAGAUUGGUACGAGACCGACAGUAG